UAGACGCAGUCACUGGAAACAGAGGACCGUCACUGGAACAAUGCUGUUUGCUGCUCUGCUAUUGAUCUCUGUGAUUUCAAAUUCAUUGGCGCAAGUUUCCAAGAUGGUGAUACGAGCAGGAGUGGGAGAAACAGUCACAAUGGAAUGUCCACAUGCGCCGGAAUGGAGAAACAUAGUCUGGUGUAAAGCAUACUCCUCAAGACAUUGCACUAUCAUAGUGGGAACUGUCACCCAUAAAGCCGAUAGAAGAACAUCAAUCAAAAGACAGAAUGGAUCUGUCUUUGUAACUAUGAGAGAACUUGUGGAGAGCGAUUCAGGGAUAUACUCAUGUGGAUAUUCUGACAAUGGGCAGACUAUUCAUGAAUCAGACAUUGUAAUGCUAAAGGUUUCCACAGCAGGUUCAUGGACAGCAGACAAUACCACGGUGAAGGGUGUGAUGCAAACUGCCACCAGCCUACACUGCCACUAUGAGCAGCAAUUUAAAUCAUAUGAGAAUUUCCUGUGUAAAGUAACCUCUGUGAAUAGGUGCAGUGUGAUAGCUAGCUCUGAAUACAGCAGCAGAAACCUAACAAUCAUCGUAAACAAUUCCACUGAUUUUGCUGUCACCAUAAAGCAGACCAACGAAGGAGAUAAAGGAGAGUACUGGUGUGGGGUAACACGCACGGUUUACUUUGAGAUUGUGCAGAUUAAAAUCCUGGAGAUUUUUGAAGCAACGAUAAAAACACCAGAAGAUUCUACUGACAGCAAAAGGAACUAUGAGUUGAUAAUUCACGAAGUUUGGACUCCGAUCCGUUGGAUACUCCUUGGAGCUCUGUUUCUUUGCACUGUUUCGAUACAUUACAUGACAGCUUUUCAAAGACAGGCUGUUACGAAGCAGAACCCACAACCCAGACAGAUCGGUCCUUGUGCAACGUCUCAACAUGAAAUGUCGACGGCAUCUUUCCACACCACAAAUGCAGCUGAACCCACUGUGUGCCUCCAGUAAACAGCUUAUUGCUCCAGCUUCCAGCAUCUACUGCCUGUUGUAAAUUCACAGGUGAAUCAGUACAACUGUUGCAGACCCUACAAAAGAUUCCAAAAUUCACCCAAGCAUCCAAUAGUAUUUUGACUUGACCACAAGAGAUUCUUCAGAUGGUGCAAAUGCAGAGUAACACACAGAAAAUGCUGGAGGAACUCAGCAAG